AUGACUGCCAUUCUCGAUGGCAAUAUUAUGCACACAGCACCACAAGCCUCACCAGAAAAAUUGAUGGUUUAUUCUCUGAUUGGGCUCGGCGGCUAUCUAGCCCUGGCUUCGACUCUGAGAUUCCAAAGACGUCGUGUUCUUCACCAAAAAUAUGCCUACAACACUCGCGAAUCAAUGGGCAAGAUGACCGACCAAGACGCUUUCACAAUCCAAAAGACAAUCUUGCAAAUGGAGUUCCCCUUUAUCGUUCUCAAGUCCCUCCAGUUUGCUCUCUUCCGGACAUACGGCAUUCCCACUAUUUCAACUCUGUUACUGAAGACAUCACAAUUCUCCGAUCCCGCAACAUCAUUCAAGCGAUACGCAGAUACAGGCGCCCUGAUCGGCGAAUUCAUGGCCUUCGACCCAAACUCAGAACGAGCCCAAACAGCAAUAGCCCGAACUAAAUUCCUCCACCAAGGCUAUCGAGCCAGCGGAAAGAUCCUCGAAGACGACAUGCUCUACACACUCAGCCUCUUCGCACUCGAGCCAAUUCGAUUCGUGAAAAUGUACGAAUGGCGCGAGAUGACCGAGAUGGAGCGCUGUGCUGUCGGGACAUACUGGAAGAGUCUCGGCGAUGCGCUGGGUAUCAGUUACGAGACGCUUCCAUCUGGUAAGACCGGAUUCCGGGAUGGAAUCCACUGGUUGGAAGAGGUUAGAGAUUGGAGUCUGGGGUAUGAAGUGAAGCAUAUGAAGCCCCAUCCCCGGAACAAGGAGAUUGCGGAUCGAACUAUCGACGUACUGGUAUACAAUCUGCCAAGGUUCAUGAAACCGUUGGGUCUUUACUUUGUGUCUUUCUUGAUGGAUGAGAGGCUCCGAAGCGCAAUGAUGAUCGACCCCCCGCCUGCAUUUUUCAGCGCCAUUUUCUCUGCGGCUUUCCAACUGCGCAAGCUUUACUUACGCUACUUGGCUCUUCCCCGCCCGAACUUCAUGCGACUGGACGUAUUCACGGAGAAUCCCAACAAGUACGGACGAAAUUAUGUCCUGAUCUACGAAGGUGCGCCUUUCUAUGUGCAGCCCACUAUCUGGAAUCGAUGGGGACCGGUGGCUUGGUUUAAAUGGGCACUGGGGCAGCCGCUCCCUGGUGAUGAUGGCGACAAGUACUAUCCCCAAGGAUACUACACUCCUGAUCUUGGACCGAAGUAUUUCGAGGGCAAGGGCCGGAAGGAACUCGAGGUUAUCAAGGAAGGCAUCAAGCAGCAGCGUAUGGGCCAGUGUCCGUUUCCAUGA